UUUGGCUUCAUUUUAACAUUGUUCUGCGGUCAAAUAUUUGAAGCAAUAAUCGUAAUUAAAGGCAAUAGGUGGCUGGUUGACAUUUGGCUUGAUGCUGCUGUUUGCAACCCCUUCAGAAGCAGGCGCACCUUAAUAACCGUAAAUCGCUCGGACAAGUUGACAUUGUUCCAAGAGGUAUGUGCAGGAACGCACAAAAGCUUUUGAGAACCCAGCCUGGAUUGAAUUUCAUUGAGGGUUUCGUAUUAUCAGGCAGUUGUGCCAAAUGCGCAGGAAAAAUGCGGAAGGGAUCGGAAGCAGCAAAACUUGCGCCUUGCUGAUAGAUUCGAGGGGAGUUGGUCUCUCAACCGCGAGCCAUGUACCUGGACCAGACCGGGCGAGGAAAGUGGAACUUCCGAAGAGUCGCCGGGAUAGUGAAAACUAUCUGCGGGAUGAACCUGGUGUUAAAGAGAUACUUACAUAAAGACAAGGUGAUACGAUGGGCAGCUCAUCAUCGGACAAGAAAAUCAGACAUUGACAAGGAAUUACUUUUCAACAUCCACAACUUUACAAAAAACAAAAAUGAGAGUGAUUCUGCAAAGCUGAAGAGCCUGCUUUCUGUACUCCCUCAUGAACGGACCACACAUGGGAUUUCACUGGCACAAACACUUCUACAUAAUAACCAGGCAUUUCAAUGCAUGCCCCAUAUUGUCCAACUGGAGAUUUGCCAAGCUGCAGUCUAUCAGCGAUAUGAAGCUAAAACAACAGUCAUACGAAAAGGUCAUCAACCAGAAGGCUGCUAUUUUGUAGUUACUGGUAAACUAACAGCAAAAUCAAAUGAUGCCUCUUCAAUAGUUCAGAAUAGCAUCACUGAAGUUCUGAAUGAAAUUGAAGAAGGUGACUUGUUUGGGGAUGCAGUGCUUUUAACCAACACAAAGAGACCCACUACAGUUUUGUGUAAGACUACUGCAGAGCUGCUGCUAAUAAACAAGGAGGACUUUGAAUCCAUAUUGGCCAGAACUCUUGAACAGCGGUAUAGUGUGAUCACAGAGUUACUGGGGUCACACCCGAUUUUUGCAUCAUGGACAAUAGAAAAACUGACGUUGCUUUCCCACAGUUCCCUGCUGCGGUAUUACAGAUCAGGAACAGCAGUUGUCCCAGAAAGCUGCAACUCUGCAUUUAUAGUCAUUGUUAAAUCUGGUCGGUGUCACAUAGUGACAAAUCUCAGAAUGGAUCAUCAUGGAAAAGAUCAGACCCAGCGACUGCGGUCAAUAAAAUCAACCAUGCCUCUGAAGGAGCUUUCUAUGCUGACUUCAUUGGAGAAGGAAACAAAGUCCACAGGAAAAUCUCUACAGAGAACUACCGCUUCUCCAAGCUUUGCGACGGCAGGAUCACAAGAAGCUAUGAAGACUCAUAAAAUAAAAGAAUCCAGAAGUACGGAUAUGGCCUCUCCAACCCAUUCUUUACUUCAAGAAAAUAGCACCAUGGAACUGGAACAUACAGGCCUCGAAGAACAACUUUCCAUCAGUGCGAGUGCAUCAGAACGAGACAUGAGCCGAGAACAAUCUGUGUCCUUCACACCAAUAUCAAUCAACCACAUCCCAGAGGACACAAACAAAGGACUCGAAGAUUUGGAACCUUGCAAAGAAGAGUGUUUGGAUGAGUCACCUUCAUUUAGAUUUGUGCAGUCUACGCCUCAGAUAACUAUCACAACUGUGGAAGAAGGCAUUGAGACUCAAGAGGCCACCAAACCCUCUGCAGGUAAUAAUGAAGACCAAGAGCAGAAUAAAGAAAGAAAAAAGGUAAGAUCAUAACAAUAUUGAGUUUGAAUUAAAGUGGAGUAACAAAGAUAACAAGUUUUACACUGGUUGGUG